CAGAGAGGGGUGGAGGACACUGAGUGGAGGGAUUGGCAGAGAGGGGUGGAGGACACUGAGUGGAGGGAUUGGCAGAGAGGGGUGGAGGACACUGAGUGGAGGGAUUGGCAGAGAGGGGUGGAGGACACUGAGUGGAGGGAAUGGCAGAGAGGGGUGGAGGACACUGAGUGGAGGGAUUGGCAGAGAGGGGUGGAGGACACCGAGUGGAGGGAUUGGCAGAGAGGGGUGGAGGACACUGAGUGGAGGGAUUGGCAGAGAGGGGUGGAGGACACUGGACGGUUGACUGAAGAGGGGGGAUAGUCUGUAGAGGUACGCCAAUAGGGAGGGGAGCUGC